AUGUUUUGAGAUUAAAUGCUGUCCCUAGGCUACCAGCACUCACAACAGCCCCAUUCGGGUAUUUGCGGGUUGUGUUCUUGUAAAAUCAAAGUUGAAGGUUGUGCUGCUCUGACUUCAGCUCUGACAUCAAACCCAUCACACCUGAGAGAACUGCAUCUGUCUUUAAAUAAUCUUGGAGAUUCAGGAAUGGAGCAUCUCUCUGCUGUACUGGAGAAUCCUAGGUGCAAACUGGAGAAACUCUGGUUGAGUGAUUGUAAUAUCACAGAUGAAGGUUGUGUUGCUCUGGCUUCAGCUUUGACAUCGAACCCAUUCCAUCUGAGAGGACUGAGUCUGUGUAAUAAUAAUCUUGGAGAUUUAGGAGUGAAGCUGCUGUCUGCUGUACUGGAGAAUCGCCACUGUAAACUGGAGAUACUAAAGUUGUGCUCUUGUAAUAUCAAAGCUGAAGGUUGUUUUGCUCUGACUUCAGCUCUGAGAUCAAACCCAUCACACCUGAGAGCUCUGAGUUUGUCUCAGAAUAAUCUGGGAGAUAAAGGAUUGAAGCUGAUCUCUGAUCUGACAAAUGAUUCAAAUUACAAACUGAGAAACCUAAGAAUCACAGUAAAGAUGAAUUCAUAACAAGAGGUGAAACAAUAAAUAACAGCUUCAAUCAACACAAGCAAAAGAGACUUGAAGACGACAUCCUGAUCUCAGUGUGUGUGCGUGUGCGUGUGUGUGUGUGAAAUAACAAUGAAAGUGACAUUAAUUCUGCUACAGUCCUUUAUCUGUGUGAGAUCUGUUGUUUAGGAAAGAGUUUCUCAAAGAGACCUGCAGCGAGUUUGUCAUAUUGUUUAUAAAAGUACAAAUACUAAAAUAAACAGAACUGUAAGAUUGUGUACUUUUGUGAAUGUGUUCAUGUAUGCUUUACAUGUAAUGCAUUUCUGUAUAUAAUAUUUGUGUUAACAUAUUUUUGUAUAAGAUUCAUGUUUUAAAGUUUUUGUACAAUUACAGAAAGAAAAUAAAUGGCUCCAUUUCCAUGACAAAGA